CUUCCUGUAUCUCUUGGAACGACUCGGAGAUGGCGGAAAUCUCAGAAGCUUCGUCAACUUCAACUACGGAUCCGGACUUCGACCCGGAAACCAUGCGAAAAUCCAAGCCGGGAUUGAAACGCCUAAGCCUAACCCUCACUGUUCUCUUCUCGUAUCUCUUAGGUCUUCCGUUCUUGUUAAAAUCAAUAGAGAUUUACAGAUCGCCACUUCCAUUUCGCGAAAUUGAUGAUUUAUCCACCGCCAUUGAAUCGAGUCCAAUUCUCUUUCCUUGCCAUUUCAGAGCUGUAUUUGUCAAUUUUGACCCGAAUUCAUAUACUGCCGAUCAAUUGUCGGUUUCGGUUCAAGCCUACAUGGCAAAAUUGGCUACGAAAAAUUCCCCAGCUUGUGGAACUUGUGCUAGUAAUUUCACGGUAUAUGUAACCAUAGACUCUAACUCCAACUGCAUUACUAACGGGAAUAAUGUGGAUUGGAAAUGCGGGGCAUUGAAUGAAUUCAAAUUUGCUGAGAAGCGUGAUGAUGGGCUUUUAGACGAGUAUUUAGAGUCUGUUUUUUAUAAUAAUAAUAAUAAUAAUAAUAAUAAUAAUAAUAGCAAUGGGAAGGUUUAUACGGUGGUUGUGGUAAAGACUGAAGAGGAGGAAGUGAGUGCAGUGGUGGGGCAGUAUCGCCAUGCUUGGAUUAUGGGUAGAGUUUUUGAGGAGCAGGCCGUAGAGAAGAUAGCGGAGAUUUUUGUUAAAGUAUUUGUGAAUGGUGGGAAAGAGGAAGGAUUGAUUCAUGGGGAGUUUAUGCCGGUCGGGGCGGAUGGGAAAAUUGUGCUUUCAUUCAAUUUGUUGAAUGCUGAUCCGCAUGAUUGGAUAUAUGAUUGGGAUUUCCGAGAGAUAGAUGAAAAUCUCUUGACUCCUAUUAUUGCAGCACUAAAACCUCUGGCAGAUGUUAGCGUGGAGAGUCAGGUUUUAUAUCACACCCCAAAGGCCUCAUUUUCUAUUUGGGACGACAAACUGGACAGCUAUAUUUUCAGUACCAAAGAUCUUCCUUUCUUUGUGAAUUCAAAUGAGUGGCAUUUGGAUACUUCAGUUGCAGCAGGCGGGAGAUCAAAAAUUUUGCAGUUUGUGGUAUAUGUACCAUCCGCAAAAGAGUGCCCUCUUCGGUUGCAGCUUCCGAAUGGAGAGAUUUCCACAACUAAUGGCUUUAUAUCUCCAAUGUGGGGUGGAAUUGUUGUUUGGAAUCCUUCAGCCUGUUUGAUGGAUUCAAAACUUAAGCAUCCUCUGAGACGUAAGAUUCCUCCUGAGGAUUCAAGGAAAGUUUUUGAAAUUUUCAUGGGGCAGUUGCGGCAACUCUUUGGUUUGAAAUCUGAUGGUCUCUUUGUUGGUGCAUCAGGCACAUCCGUACUUUUAGCUAGUGAAAGAGGGUUCUCAGAAUGGGAAUUGGAUGUAUUGUCACGGCAGCACUCAUGUUUUAAUCUUCUUCAAUGUGGCACAACUCUCGGAUCAAUUUCUCGAUUGGUUCAAUCACUUCCAAGAAUGAUCAUAAUGGAUGAUAUAGGAAAACAGGUGAAGUAUUCUCUUGAAGCUGCAAAAUUGACUUUAAGUAACGCAUCGCUCGGAAUUUAUGAUGCUUCUGCUGAGUCCUCAAGACAAGCUAGAUUAUUGGCUGAGGAUGCAUUUUAUCACCCAUCCAUGAUGUCUGUCAGCUAUUACUCAUUUGAGCACUGUUUUGCCGUCUAUUCGCCCUUCUUUCUACCAGUUACGCUGCAUGUGCUUCUUGCAGUCCUUAGAGAAUGGAAAAGAUACAAGCAAGAAAGCAAAAAAUAUAAUGCAUGGCAAGCCAAAGUAAAGUAGCAUCUGAUAGCUAUUGAUUACGCAUUUGACACAGAGGAAAGCUUCAUGUGAAGAGACAUCCCUUAUCGGGCAUGGCCUAUAUAUCUCAGUCGCUUGAGCUUCUCGCUAUCUUAUAACUCGAUCUUAGCAGAGUGUCCUCAGCUCUGUUGAGUUGCUGUACCAUAACCCGUAGGUUGGGUUUUAACUUGAAACUGUCGCUUCGAGUCUAUCUCUAGUUAUAGAUACUUCCAUGAAUCAUAUGAUAUGAAAAUUAUACGGCGUCA